UCAUCAUCGUCCUCUGCUCCAAUGCUCUCAGAGGAGGAGAUUGCACUUCUCGUUUCGCACCUGCAUCCAAGCCCAAGCCCAAGCCCAAGCCCACGCCGAAUCCACAAUCCUCAGAGCACAGGCUCCACACCACCAAGCGCCCGGAAUCCCCACCAGUCCGCGUGGUUGGCGCGACUCGUCGUUGCAAAGUGCCUGCUCGGUCGAUUGGCGCCAAGCAAGCAGAGCCGUUCCAACGAUGACGCCGCUGCUGCAGCCACUGAGCCAGCAUGGACCACUGCUGAUGCCAAAGGGACGUUCGAGCCGGACCCGGUUGGACUCGCUCUCGAAGCAAUGCUCCAGUCGGCCGCUGUUGUCGUCGCUCCGUCACAGCUCUUGGCGGGCACGCGUCCGGACGCAGGAUUGCUACCGUCUGCCGUUCGAUCGAUUCUAAGAUUCCAAGUCAUCAAGGGACCGUUUCUGGGGCUCGAGGAGUUUGCAACGCUGGUGGUUCGACUUGGAGUGGUCGCGCCAGUGCUUGCUGCGCUCGGUCCGGUUGGAGCGGGCAAUGUCGCGAGCGUCCCUCCAUCCGACAGUGUCGUUCAAGCAAUCGACAAGGCUGUGAAUGCGAUUGAGCAGAGUGCACGGCCGUUCACACUGCCGGUUUCUCUGCACAUCAUUCGGCAAUUGCUGAAGUCUGCCGUUUCAACCCACAGUGAUCCCUCCAUUCCUACUACACGCGCGGAAAACUCUGCACCAAUUCCGCCGAAUUACAAGGAACUGCUGCACAGUCUUACCUCUCGUCUGUCAAACGUUUCUGUCGUCUCAUUGCCGCUCCAAUCCGCACCGCGAGCGGGAUUGUCGCUGCUGGCCGACGCGCAACUGCUGCAGCAAGCAACCCACAGCGGGCCAGGACUGGAAGCCGCAGUAUCCGAGCUUGCUACUCGGCACAUACAAUACUCGUGCACUGAGAGUGAUGCGUACAAGGCCGAGCUGCUCGUGUCGGCUCGGUGGGCAGCCGUUCAGUGCGAGAGUAUUGCCGAUGCUGCACCAUUGACAGAUCGACCUGCUUCCCUGGCCUCAUUUGGCAACCUCACGAGUAUCCUAAAUAGGAUGGUGGGUGGUGGUCACGACAUGACUUCUGAAAUCGACCGGCAGUUGGUCCUUCAGGUCAUUCAGCACCCGUCGAACGCCUUGGACGCAGUCUUGCACUGUGCCAUCCAGCAUUCCGGACAGCGCCCAGCUCUUCAGUGGCUGAUUGAACUCUGUGCAAGAUUUUACGGUCAGAGUCGCGACCUCGCUUCGGGAACCAGCGUCGUGAUCUUGGCAGUCGAGAAGCUUAUUGCUCGUCUUGUCGAAUCGGCAGGUCAACCAGCAGCAUUUUUAUCGGGACCACAGUUUGCCAAUCUCGAAGGGCUUGUUUCCAGUGCUGUUUCACAUUGGGUUCCAACGCGCUCCUCGUCUCUUCACGACACCACAGAUCGUUUUGUCAAGUCUCUGUUCUCGCCCGACGAAGCUCUGCGGAAGCUCUGUCUACCGGCGAUUGGCACGGCGAUCGAGCAGCAAUGUGUGACGUUCAACACACAACUGGCGCUUCGUCUCGCGCAGGCGAUUGCGACCGGCUUGAGUCAGACCACGGCCAGAGGCGCUCUUUUGCUCACCAUGGAUUAUUUACCGCUGUUUGAGCUUUGCUCGCAGAUUUCACGACUCUUACCUCUGCUCCGACAGCAAACCUUUCGAACCGCGGGGGCGUUGGUCGACGAUCCUCUCGAAGUUGCCAAGUCGACUGUUCAGCUUCUGUUAUCAGUGCCCGCUCUUCAUCCCUCGUCUCAUCACGCGAUGGAGAAGUGGGUGACUUUGAUGCACUCGGAGCAUGCCCAAAACACAUCCACCCCAAUCCUGCUAGCGGCUCUACCGCACUGCAAAUUGGACGAUCAGCUGCUUUGCGAGUGGGCGGCAACGCAGCUGCAAACCGGCUCAUUGGUUCAGGUCGACCACUUUAUUGCAUGCUAUCGAUCUUCCACUGCUCUAUCGGCUCCAUCAACGACAGCCGCCGGCUUUGCUUCAGCAGCUCCCGACACAUUGUCCCUGAAGUUGUUCACGCGGCAAAUGCACGCUCUCGCUCGUGCCAUGACUGCGAGUGCAAGCUGUGCUCUUGCUGUUAUUGACAGCUUACAAGUUCACUCGGUGACUGCGGACGCAUUCCGACAGGCCUUGCUCGUUGCGUGCACACAAGUUCUUUCAACGGGCUCGAUGUCCGAGUGGCAGCUGUUGGUCGGCAGCGCAAUGCCACAGUUGGUCCGACGCCAUCAAUUCCUGCGCGUGUCAUGCGAAGCGAUCACAUCAGAUCCAGCCUUGAUGCCGUUUAUUUCCUCGAUUCACUUUUUAUUUCGGGUGCUUUCACUUGGAUUUCAGCAUGAGCUGUGGGCAACGGGCAAGUUUGCCAUGACAGCUAGCAUUGUGACCGUCAAGACGCUUGUCGACCAAUGCUGCGCGUUACCCAUCCACACUGAGGAUUCGGUGAUUGAUAUCAUCCGCCAUUGCUGCUUGAUUGCAAGCGUGUGGCCAACAGAGCAGCUCCAGCUCAGCGCCAUCACGCUUGUCUGCGAUGCCUUGCAAAGCGUGCCGCCUGUUUUGCUCGUCUCGUGUGCUGAGACGCUCGAGCGAUCGGUGUUUGUCCACCUGAACUCGCACGCACUGCGAUCCAAGGUUACCGAAGCGCUGAAUCAUGUAUUGCAGUCGACAGGCCAUCCUCCACGACCCAGUCCAGCUGUGUAACCGCCCGCUGCACUGUCAAGUGAGGAAGUGCCCCUGGCAGAUCGAACACAUGUGCAGAGGGAAAAAAAGGACGAGGUCACCAAAUUUCGCUUUUGCGCAAAAAGCUGAGUUAUUUAUUGUUCGCAACGAUCGCCCCUUGCAGUCAAACCAUUGCCGUUCACAAAGCUGGAAAUAAAACUCAUUGAUCGUGAAA